AUGUCAAAUUCUCAUGAUGUUCGCGGGGGUUCGCCACAGAUGGGUUCCAACAACAGUAAUUCCGAUUUAUCAUCCCCACCACGAUCAAGUCCUGAGAUGGAUGAUAUGCAACUGCGUAAUGAUUUAAAUAGCAUUACAGUCAAUCAUUCCACCACGGGUGCUUCAACAUCAGAAAAGCCUGCCCGCAAGAAACCAGUUAGAAAGCCCAGACCAAAGGCCGGAGAUGCUAGCUCAGCUACAAAUACCGACGCACCAAAACCUAAAAGAGUACGCAAACCCAGAGAUCCCAACGCUCCUCCUGCUGCCAGAUCACGAAAGAAGGCUACGCCUUCUGAAAAUACCAAUGGGGGAGAAUCAUCACGACAGACAAAAAUUACCGAUGCUCCUGGAAUGCGUUUGAGUGAUAUUAAUUUUAGUGGUCCUGCAACCCCACCAGUACAGAACGUCACGAUUUCCAAAUCAGGAGAAAGUGAGGCUAUUCCCAAAUCUUUCUUUAAUUCCGCCCCACCUCAACCCCAACCUCAAGUUGCUCCACCACCGCCACCACCGCAACCACCGCAACCACCGCAACCACAGCAGCAUCUGGCUCAACCUCAGUCACAAAUGUCAACACAACAACCACAGACUACCACUCGAACCAGCGGUCAAAAUUAUGAUCCCGUUAGAUCUAAUUAUGAUCCUGUGCGAGAAACACUCGUCAGCCACCACUCAUACAAUAAUUCUCAGGGAUCACCAAUUCCGCCUCAAGUUACCAAUCGCGCCAGUGCAUCACCUUCCAUCGCCAGUCUUGUCGACCCUCCCAAUCAGCCAUUGACCUCACCAUCAGCUCAUUCCUUCUUAAUGCACCAGCAACGUCAACAAGAUGGACAUACUUCCUUACCUGCCUCCCCAAUAGUUAAUCGAUUGGGCUUAUCAACAACUUCUGAUUCCGCUAGUCCUCGGACCUUUGCGCCAACUCCCACACUAACGUCACAACCAAUGCCCGCUCCAACACCACCUCCCGCUCCAACCAUGUUGUCGCAAAAGGAACCCCAAGCCCCCAAUGGUAACUCGAAUAAGAAGAACACAACCAACGGAGCCUCAGGAACAUCAACUCCAAAGCCAUCGACUAAGGGUAAAGAGAAAGAGAAAGAGAAAGACAGUGUUCUUCUUACCCCACCUCCACUCCCUGGUUCUGGUCUGAUGCAGCUCGGAGGUAGUGAUGGUACAGAAACUCGUGCUCCAACGAUCGUUCUCGAUAUCCCCUUGAAUGAUGGUGAAGUAAAUGUUUAUGUCAACUUUGCUCGUAUGGCCGAGGAAACUUAUGGUUGGGAUGCCUUACACCCUCGGUUGGCGGCUCAACGUGAUCGACUUGCAAGAGUCGCCGCUGCCGGUGCAGCCCUGGAGAGAAAUGGCUCAAGCAAGGAGAGUGGAGAUGAGAUGUCACUGGAUUCUGAAGGAGAGGCUAGUAAUAUUGAGAUGGGUGGAAUGAGUGAUGGACGUAUUGGGACUGACGGGGGUACGAGAAAGGCCAAGCCGAAGAGAAAGACCAAGGAGGAUGAGUACGACAAAGACGAUGGUUUUGUUGAUGAUUCUGAAAUGUUAUGGGAGGAACAAGCUGCCGCUGCAAAUGAUGGCUUCUUUGUGUAUUCGGGGCCUCUUGUUCGAGAAGGCGAGAAACCGGCACUUGACAGGGGAGAGGGUCCAGCGAAGAAGCCUCGCACUCGAAAACCAAAAGUGGCUGGUGAGAAAACCACUACCACAAGUCGUACUAGUUCCGGCGGUAAAGCUUCUGGUACAUCAGGCGGCGUUGGUUCUCGUGGUGGAACGACAGCAGCACGUAAAUCUCGUAUCACGAAAGCUGAUCGUGCACGUAUGGAACAGGAAAAAAUGGAGCGAGAGCAGAUGGGUUCGAUGGGUUCUAUGGCUGGUAUGCCUGGAGGAUAUAAUACCAUACAACUUGCCCCAAGUUUAGGAGGAACACCCAUGAUUUUUAAUCAAAGGGGUGGUUGA